AUGUUAGCAACAGCAGAUCAAGUCGAUGCCAUCCUGGAAGCCUUUGAUCUCAUCGGCAUCUCAGUAUCUAUGUUUAUUAUCAGGCUCCUGACUGACCAACAUUUUACCCAUGAAAAGACUGUGAUUGAUCCAAGAGAAAAUAGUCACCGCAUUACAGAGCUUCUUCAAGUCACAGGAGAGAGUACAUUCAAUGUGCACAAGAAGUCCAUGAUCUAUCAGGCACCCUUGGCAGCAAAGGCAAACAGCUCCCAUUUUUCAGUCUCACACACAUCCGUGCAGCAAUUAGAGGAGUUUGGUAUUGAUGUGUUAAGUGAAGGGAUGCAACAACAUGCACCAGUGACGUGGGAUUUGCUUGAGGUCCUCCUUGCUGCAAGGAGAAAGGGUAUUAGCAAUCCUACUGUUGAAGAUGAAGACUGUGAUGAUGAAGCUUUGCUAUGGGAGCAACUGGUCAUUCUGGAUAAAGGCCAACAUAAUCUUCAUCUGCCAGAGAUAUGGUCGCUUGCUGAAGUUCUCCUGUGUGCAGGUUCUGAUGAUGCUUAG